AUGUGGGAUCUUACUAUGGAGGUUAGGGAAGUGGUAGGCAAUGAGUUUUGUAUUCAAGCUGAGAUGAGAGGGGAUGGGGAUCAGGAAUGGUACUGGAUCACUUUUGUAUAUCUCAGUUGUGACAGAAAUACAAGAUCCAGGCAAUGGGAGUUCUUAGAGGAGUGUAAAAGAAGAUGGGGCAGCUGCUGGGCUUUAAUGGGGGAUUGGAAUGCUAUAUCUAGUAAUGAGGAGAAAAGAGGGGGGGUCAGGAGGCCUGAUGCAAGUUUUAAUGGCUUCAGGGAAUUCAUUGGCAAUAAUAGAUCCACUGAAGGGUAUGUUGAAGAGAGGCUGGACAAAAUGUUUGUUUCAUUUGACUGGAUGGUGAGAUUUCCAAAGAUGAAACUCUCUAACUUUUUCAGGAGUGCAUCUGACCAUAAUGUUCUCCUAUUGGACACUGAUGUGGAUAAGGGGAGAAGCAAGAAGAGAUUUAUAUUUGAUAAUAGAUGGCUGCAGUUAGAGGGUGUCAAUGAAGCUGUGAAAAAUGGGUGGGAUAUUGUGGUAGAAGGAUCUCUGAUGUUUCAAGUCCAGGAGAAAGUGAAGAAUACUAGAAUGGCUCUACUGGCAUGGUUCAAACCGAUGAAGAGGAACUCUGAAAAGAUGAUACAAAUUCUCACUAACAAAAUGGAGGAGCUGAGGGGGGAAGGUGGUGAGGUUGACUGGGAAGAAUGGGGCCAAGUUAAAGCUGAUCUUGACAAAGCUCAUAGGGAAGAGGAACAGUUCUGGAGGCUGAAAUCUAGAGCUCUGUGGCUGCGAGAAGGGGAUAGUAAUACACGGUUUUUUCAUGCUUAUACAUCGCAGAGGAGAAAGAGGAAUUCAAUUCAGUUACUUCUGUCCAAUUCAGGGACCGUUCUUGAUACUGAGGAGAACAUAGCCUUUCAUAUUGCUGAUUACUAUUCCACUUUGUUCUCCUCAGAAGGAGUCAGGGGAGAAGAAGAGCUACUUCAACAAAUUCCUUGCUCAAUUUCAGAGGCUAUGAACAAUGAUCUGAUUACACCAGUGCAGGAUGAUGAGAUCACAGCAGCACUCUUCAGCAUGGCACCAGAUAAGUCUGAUAUCCUGAAAGCCAAGUCCUCCUUCCUUCUUAGGUAA